AUGGAAAUCCUCAUCGUCGUCCGGCUCUGCUGUAACUGCACCUACGCGCUGCUGUACAAACCCAUCGACCGUGUGACGCGGAGCACCCUCGUCCUGCAUGACCUCCUCAAGCACACCCCGGCCGACCACCCUGACUACCCGCUGCUCCAGGAUGCCCUCCGCAUCUCACAGAACUUCCUCUCCAGCAUCAAUGAGGACAUCGAUCCCCGGAGGACAGCAGUCACCACCCCCAAGGGGGAGACCCGGCAGCUUGUCAAGGAUGGCUUCUUGGUGGAGCUGUCGGAGGGCUCGCGGAAGCUGCGGCACGUCUUCCUCUUCACCGACGUGCUGCUCUGCGCCAAGCUGAAGAAGACGGCUGUGGGGAAGCACCAGCAGUACGACUGCAAGUGGUACGUGCCCCUGGCCGACCUGGUGUUCCCCUCGCCGGAGGAGUCGGAGCACUGCCCGCAGGUCCAUGUCAUCCCUGACCAUGAGCUGGAGGACAUGAAGAUGAAGAUCUCGGCUAUCAAGAGCGAGGUGCAGAAGGAGAAAGCCAACAAGGGGCAGAGCCGGGCCAUCGAGCGCCUCAAGAAGAAGAUGUUUGAGAAUGAAUUCUGGCUGCUUCUCAACUCGCCUGCCAUUCCCUUCCGCAUCCACAACCGCAAUGGGAAGAGCUACCUCUUCCUGCUGUCGUCUGACUAUGAGAGGUCUGAGUGGAGGGAGGCCAUUCAGAAACUGCAGAAAAAGGACCUCCAGGCCUUUGUCCUGAGCUCAGUGGAGCUGCAGGUGCUCACGGGAUCUUGCUUCAAGCUACGCACCGUCCACAACAUCCCAGUCACCAGCAAUAAGGACGAUGACGAGUCCCCUGGGCUCUACGGGUUCCUGCAUCCAGUGGGGAUGUUCCUCGGGUGCUGAGCGGUGUCUGCUCCCCCAGACCUUUACUGCACGCUGGAGGUGGACUCCUUUGGAUAUUUCGUCAGCAAAGCCAAGACCAGGGUUUUCCGGGACACCACCGAGCCACAGUGGAAUGAGGAAUUUGAGAUUGAGCUGGAGGGCUCCCAGUCCCUGCGAAUCCUCUGCUACGAGAAGUGCUAUGACAAGACCAAGCUCAACAAGGACAACAACGAAAUCGUGGACAAGAUCAUGGGCAAGGGACAGAUCCAG